AUGGGUCGGGGUAUUCUGCUCACUUCAAACUUGCCACAACUGCAGAAUCUUAUAAAGCGAGAUCCUGUUGCAUAUAAGGAGGAAUUUCUUCAGCAAUGGAAUCAUUACAACAGCAUUCGACAAAUCUUCAGGAUUAACCCUGACGAGCAAGCCCAGCACUAUAGAGAGCUUGUUUCCUUCAUCGCUCAGGUCUCAACUUGCUAUCCUAAAGAAACAGCUGAAUUUCCUACCCAAAUAUCUUCUUUGCUGCUUGAGAGCUAUGGCAUUCUAUCUCCAGAUACCCGAAAAUGUCUGGUACAAAACCUAGUAAUGCUUCGGAAUAAAGAUGUCAUCACCUCGAUUGAGCUUUUGAAAUCGUUAUUCCCUCUGCUUCCUCGCACUUCCUCAUCCGCUCUGCGUACAUAUAUCCGCAAAACAAUUCUCUCAGAUAUCAAGGUGGCUAACCAAAAGUCUCAAAACCAUAAACUCAACAGAGCUGUUCAAGCAAUGUUGUUCGGCAUGGUGGAACGAGGCAUGGGUGGAGAAGUUAUAGGUGACAAGGGCAAACUACGAGCUUCUCAAGGCCCAACGAACAGUCGCGAAGGUGCUAAUACAGACGAGGCAAUGUGGGCUGUCGUUCUAACCAAAGAACUUUGGCGGAAAGGCGUCUGGAAUGACGCCAAAUCGGUUUCCAUUGUGGCUCAAGGAUGCUUUCAUCCUGUUACCAAAGUGCAGAGUGCAGCUUUGCAUUUUUUUCUUGGCAGUGAAGAAGAAGAUGACGAAUCCGAUGAGGAGGAGAAUGUGGAUCUUAAAGGUCUGCAUCAUAGGCGUGAGGUCAACAAAAAGACCAGAAGCGCUGACAAAAAGCUGAGGAAGCAGCUGAAAGUCGCAAAAAAAAAAUUGCACAACAAAGAACCCAGCUCUCCUAAUUUCUCGGCAAUUCAGUUACUUCACGAUCCCCAGACAUUCGGCGAAAAAUUGUACGACAUGCUAAAUAGCUAUGACAAACGCUUCUCAUUGGACCAUAAAAUCCUCAUCAUGCAGCUUCUUUCCCGUGUCAUGGGAUCCCAUAAACUCUGUGUCCUUGGUUUUUACACUUACAUUGUCAAAUAUCUUUUCUACAAGCAACUUCGCGUACCCAGCAUUCUUGUUGCACUCGCGCAAUCUGUACACGAUCUAACCCCUCCCGACGCCGUUACACCUGUCAUCCGGAAACUUUCACAGGAGUUUGUGCAUCCUGGUGUGGCAAGUGAAGUUAUUGCUGCCGGGAUUAAUGCUAUCCGAGAAGUCAGUAGACGACAGCCAUGGGCCAUGGAAGAAGAUCUGCUAGGCGAUUUGAUCGAAUACAGGAAAAGCAAAGAUAAAUCUGUCACAGCAGCUGCACGCGGGUUGCUUAGACUGUAUCGAGAAGUCAAUCCAAGCAUGCUGAAAAGAAGAGAGAGAGGCAAAGAGGCCAGUAUGGGACUGGCGGGUGGGAGUCAACCACUACCCUAUGGUCACAGUGCUGAAGCUGCUGUCGACAUUGAAGGAUUAUCUCUCCUUGAAGAUCAUCUUCAAAAACUACGGGAGGAAGAUGGUGUAAGUUUGGAUGGAGAGGGUGAGGAUGACUGGAAUGGCUGGGAUGUCGAAUCUGACUCUGGUUCCGAUUCUGAUUCCGAGGAGGAGUGGAUUAAUGUCAAUGAUGACGACGAUAACGAUCUUGUUAUCACUGAUAGCGAAGAUGAAGGAGACGAAAAAAAGAAACAGGGUGAAUCAUUGGAAGAUGAAUCUACCCGAAUAUCUACGUUGGCGCAGACGAAGAUUCUGACCCCAGCCGACUUUGCUUUGCUCAAUGAUUUGCGUAUGAAAGCAGCCGUCAAAGCCGUCGAAACAACUGGAGGAAGUAAAGCAAAACGCAAGCUUGCGGCCCUGGAAGCUUCCCAGAAAGCCCGCAACGACGAACAAACCCAUGACGAAUUCAUAUCAGAAAACGAUAUCCUCGGUCCCCGCAAAAAGGCUAAGGCCGAUUAUGCUGAGCGUAUGGCCUCCAUCCAGAAGGGACGCGAAGGACGCGAGAAAUUCGGCUCAAGAAAAGGGAAACAAAACAAAGCAACCCCUAGUAGCUCUACGAACAGAGAAAAGGCUAGGAACAAACCUAUCAUGAUGAUUCUCAGUAGUGGAGCCGUCAGAGGCAAGAAAAAGGCGUCGCUGAGAGACAAGCAGCAGAAACUUAGAGCUCAUAUCGACAAAGCCAAAAAAUCGGGGAAAUAG